CUCUCCAGUGUCAACGCCUCAACAGCUAAAAGCGAAAGCAGAAAGGAGCAUCCCAGGAAGGAAGAACACGAACGCCCAUCAGCACGAAGCUUCCUCCCCCCACCUUCACUUUCCCUUUUGUUCGUUUGCCGUCUCUGUCCAUCUCUGCACUCUCUUCUUUAUAAACCCCAAAGUCCCACCACUCAUCAACAGCUCUGUGUUCUCCAGUACUCUCGACCAGCAGCCAUGGAGAGAGGUACUGAUUCCCGCGGGAAGAGGAAGCUACAAGAAGAAGAAGGAGACGGCUAUGGCGCCCUGAGCUUGGACGAGCUCAACCAGGAUCUCCUCGAGAGGGUCCUAUCCCGGCUCCCCACCUCCACGUUCCUCAGCCUCACCUCCGUCUGCAAGCGCUGGAAAUCCAUCUCCGACUCCCCCACCUUCAAGCUUGCCUGCUCCGAGGUCCCCGCCCGCGACCCCUGGUUCCUCAUGGUCGGUCCCCUCCCCCGACCCGGCAAAUGCAUCGUCUUCGAUUCCGUCGGACGCAACUGGAAGCAGCUCGGCCGCUCGCCCCUCCUGCUCUCGAAGCUCGACUCGAUCCCCGUCGCCUCAUCGGGCGGCCUCGUGUGCUUCCGCGGGGCGCGCGACGGGGACCUCGCCGUGUGCAACCCCUUGACAGGCUCGGCCCGCGAGAUCCCCCGGUCUGACCUGCCCUCCGACGCCCGGACCCUCCACGCCAUAGUGAUGCGGUCUAGGCCCCUCCGGGACCAUUCCUUUGAUAUCAUAGUAGUCCACGGUGAAUUCCCGAAACUAUUCUUCAAAGGCUUCGACUCGAAGCUCGGCACUUGGGGACCCGAUAUCGCCCUCACCCGAAUCUCUAGUGUCUUGAAUUCCGAUUCAUUGGAGGCCGAAUCCACCAGCGAGUCGGUAUACUUCCUCAGCAAGGCAGGCGACGUAGUGGCCACUGACAUGCUCCGCAGCCCCUCGAAGCAGUACUCAUCCGUGAUGAUCGUGGAAGAUGGAGGUGAGAUACUCUAUUUUCUCAGCUCGUCAGGGACAGUGGUCGGCUGCGAUUUGGCCCGGGGUUCCUUCUCCGAGUACCCAAGGCUCCUGCCCUUCUGCUUGGAGUACUCCAUCGAUGUAAUGGAGUGCCGGGGGGAAAUGGUGGUCGCCGUACUGUCGGAGUUCCUCGAUACUGCGAGCCUUCGAAUUUGGAGGUUUGACGAGGAGUGCCGAUCGUGGGCCCAGAUGGCUGCUAUGCCACCUUCGAUGUCCCACGAGUUCUAUGGCAAGAAGAUGGACAUUAACUGUGUCGGAUUGAAUGAUCGGGUAUUGAUUUGCCUGAAUUCAGGAGAGGUUUUCCGGUAUAUUCUGUAUGAUGUUGCAGCCAAUGAGUGGGUUGAGCUGCCGCAGUAUCGGGUGAACGGCGUGGGCUUGGAGUUCUCGUCGGCCUUCUCUUUCGAGCCAAGGAUUGAAGCAUCUGUGUGAGAGCAAGACACUAAAGAAAUUAUUUUUUUUUUCCUUUUCUCCUAUAUUAGUGAUAACUGAGGGACGAUGUGAAUUCAGGCGUUCUCUCUUGCGAUUUUUUAUUCGUUCUUUUGUUUUCUCCUUUUUCUUAUUCCCAAAUUGAUUUUUCGUUAUUUUCUUUCAACGUUGAUGAGUACGAUCAGUAGUAUAUUGUUCUGGUCUCGCUUUGACCCUUACCGUAAGUUUUUUUUUCCCUGUAUUUUUUGAGAAUUGUUCUGUUGUAUUCAUUUAGCGGUGAUCUCUUGAUUUUUCCAGGCCAAGAUUUGAUUGGCUGAGAAAAGAGCAGAGGGGCUUUCAGUUUCUCAGAGCUGUUUUCUAUGUCACGUGUGGUUGGAAAUCUCGGAUUUCGGAUCUUGAUCAUGUGCAGAUCAUGAGUCUCGAGUGACCUGUAAAAAAUGAAGGAUUGAGGGAGAGUCUCGAUCUCAUUCUCUGGUGCUUAAAUGAUAAUGUAUUGAAGAAAGGUAGAAGAAUUGAAGUUAAGGUUUAGAGGUACCUAAAGAGGUAUUUAUAAGA